CUCUGCAGCAGCAAACAGAUGCCAUGACCUCCCCAUCCCAUAACUCAUUACCUCAAGAAGCCGCAUCCGCAAAUCCGUCAGACACCGACACCACCUCCACCUCCACCACCACCACCGACUCCCCACCCUCCGCCGACCUCCAAGCCAAACUCUCCACAUACCCCGUCCACGACCACAACAACCAGCACCACCAAUUCCAAGAGCUCUACACUGGCCCCGAUGCUGCCCCGCGGACGCUCAUCGUAUUCAUCCGGCAUUUCUUCUGCGGGAGCUGUAAAGAAUACAUCCGCACCCUCUCACAAACCCUCACUCCUGACUAUCUAGCGGGAUUAACCCCUCCCACGGGGAUAGUGAUUAUCGGCUGUGGGGAUCCCGGGUUGAUAGACACGUAUCUCGCGGAAACGGGGUGCGUGUUCCCGCUCUACGCGGAUCCGGAACGGAAGUUGUAUGCGGAAUUGGGGUUGGGGUUGUCGCUGGCGAUGGGGGAGAAACCGGGGUAUAUCCAACGGAGUAUGGGAAGGGUGGUGGCGGAGUCGGUGUGGGCGAAUCUGAGGCAGAUGACUCGGGGGUUGGGGUGGAAGGGUGGGGAUCAGAGGCAGAAUGGGGGGGAGUUUUUGUUCCAGGCGACGGAGGGGUCACAGGGAAAAGGGGAGGUGGUUUGGUGUCAUCGCAUGCGCAAUACGAGGGAUCAUACUGAGGUUGAUGUUUUGAGGGGGAUGUUGGAAGGGAGGAGGAGUUAA